AUGCCAAAAACAGCAACCGUGGAUUGGGAGCCACUGAAUGCCAAGCCUGGGGCUAUACUCGAACGACCCGCUUGCCGAUAUCAGAGACAAUUCGCUCUCUUGAAUCAUUUCGGUAUGCAAGCCAAUGUGAUCAUUGUUGCCACCUUCACCAAUACAAAGGCUGGAAGCAUCGUGCUUUCCAAAGAACUCAUAUACGCCGCCCUGCAACACGUUGUUCGAAAAUACCCUGAGCUUGGGAUAACUACUUUCUGUCGGCCUUCAGAAACAAAGUCUGGGCAACAUCGGCGAUGGUCGGCUUUCCUGCGGCAGAUCAACCUGGAUGCCCAUGUGAAGUUCAUCAAUAUUCCAGCAGAGGAGGAAGGAAAAGGAUUGACUGCGACCAUUGAGAAUUAUCAUGGCCUUUGGUUUGAGCCAUCGAUAAGACCUGCAUGGCAGCUGGUGAUUGUUAACGGAAGACAUAUACUGUUCGUUUACGAUCACUACAUCACCGAUGGGCGCGGCGGUACAUACAUAUUGGAGAGUAUCCUGGAAGCCCUUAACUCCCCCAUAGAAGAAUUUGUCAACUCUUCAAUCGUCGAGAUUUCAACAGACGUCAAGGGUUUCCCCGAGGAAGAUGCAAUUAAGCGGGCCCCCGUUCCGGUUUCCGUCCUGUACGCCGUCUUGAACUAUCUUCGUUUCUGGGGCAUCUGGCUGUUAUACCGGCAAAAGGACCUCUUCUUUCACGAAACCACCCCCAAAUUUCGUAAGCUGGACUUCAACAACCCGCAGAAAGAGGAUAACCUCGUCAAGACGCGACUUCACACUCUUCGCCUCGAUGCCGCUACGAUGAAAAAGUGCAUUCAGGCCUGUCGAUCCCACCAAACAUCUUUUACCAGCCUCCUGCACACCCUUAUCAAAGUGACAUUAGCAGCGGAUUUCUAUCCUGAAGCCAAAUUCUGUCACUCGCAGGUAGUUGUUGAUCUCCGACCAUUUUUGAAACCCCACGAUAGGGAACAGACCGUGGGCAAUGCGGCUUCUGUCGUGUCGAGCUACGACUGGCUUUCCAAGUUCCGACAGGCAGGACAGCAAACAGCUCUGAAAGAGCACACAUCGCUUGAAUCAAGUCUCUUCUGGGAGCUAGCGCGCAAGCAUCGAGCGCAUGUCAUCAACGAUCUCAAUCACAAAAAGACGUUCUUGAGAGCUUGGCAGUCUAUCGAGCUUAUAGGGGAAGAUGAAGAAGACUAUAUUGCCCGCUUUUUACCGGGGUUGAAACUUUUCCAGCGUAAUUCUUUCUCUAUCUCCAACCUAGGUGCUUUUCGCCCGAGUGUAUCGGUCGGCCAGGACACGCACAGCGGAAAUUGGACCAUCACCAAUAUGGAGUUCUCCGCGGGUGCUGUCAAAGGCGGGUACGCAGCCAACUUGAUUUUCAAUGUGGCAGGUGUUCAAGAUGGUCCAACUACCAUUCAUGUUUGUCAUGAAGAAGGUGCCUUCAGAGAGGAGUUUGUCAAUUCGCUUCUAGAGCGGAUUAAAUUGCGGAUGGAUGCCAUCAUCUGA